GCCCACAGUCGCCAUCUGCACCAGCCGAGGACUGACCCUGGGCACACCCCCGGAUCUCCCUCCCUGAGCUUCAGCAGCAGGCGGGGCCUUGUGCUGAGCGCCCUCCAAGCCAGAAUCCACAAUGACAACUGUAACAGUGACCACAGAAGUUCCCCCAAGGCGUAAGACAGAAAACGACUCUGUCUUGUGUGCAUCUUCAUCAGCUCACAUUCUUGAAGAAACAGAGUAUGUGAGAAAGAUUCGAACUACCCUGGAAAAAAUCCAAAAUCACAUGUUUAAAGAUGAAGCAGGACAAGGCAAUGCAAAUUGCAAACGAGAUGCAGAGCAAUCUGGAAACCUUCAGAAUGGCUCAGAGUCCACAACAGAUCCCACUAGUUUGGAUUUGCUCAUGGAAAACAUGAGAAGAAAAGACCAGCAGCUCCUAGAAAUGAACAGAGAAAAUGAAGUGUUAAAGAUCAAGCUGGAAGCUUCUCGAGAAGCAGGAGCCGCAGCUCUGAGGAAUGUAGCCCAGAGAUUAUUUGACAACUACCAAACACAUUCUGAAGACAUGAAGAAGAGGCAUGAGGACAGUAAGCGUUUACUUCAGAUCAACAAUCUUGAAAAAGAGCAGAUGUUAAAGCAACGUGUUGAAAAUCUGAGUCAACUUUCAGAAAAACUUGAAGAAAAACACGGUCAAAUCAUAGGACUGGAGAACCGCGUACAGAGGAUGGAAAACGAAAAGAAAACACUCCUAGAGAGAAAAUCGUGUUUGGAAAGCAAGCUGCUGCAGCUCAAGUCCAAGGACGCACAUUCGAAAAGCUGCCAGGAUCUUGAAGCCGAGAUUUCCAUCCUCCAGGAGCAGAUCUGUCACCUGCAGUUCGUGAUUCACUCCCAGCAUCAGAACCUGCGCAACAUCAUCCAGGAGAUGGAAGGAUUAAAAAGUACUUUAAAGGAACAAGAUGAAAAAAUCGAAAAUUUGAAAGAAAAAGUCAACAUACUUGAAAGUCAGAAUAAGGAACUUAAAACCAAGGUGGCAAAUUGGACAGAGACUCCUAAGGCACCAGUUUCUAAGGCUGUCUCUACAAGUGAACUGAAGCCUGAAGGGGCCUCUCCCUAUCUGAUGUUGGUCAGGCUACGGAAGUGAACAGGCUGGAUGAAGCUCCGCUAGAGAAGGACUCUGUAGAUGUUAUUUAUUCCUUGAAAUGCAGUUUCAGCUCUGAAGCUAAAAUGACACCAUGCCAGUGUUUAUGUAAAUAUAACUUAUUAUACAUCAACAAGAUUAUAAGAAGGUGAUAUUCGAGGCAAUUCAACAGAUGUCUAAUGGAGAGAAGAAACCUUCCCUGCAAAAAAAUUAACUUAAAAGGAAAAGAAAUCAGGUGCUUUUCUAUGAUGGAAGAUGAAUUCUGCUCUACACUUAACACAUUAAAAUAAAAUCUGA